UUCACAGAAAGUUCACUCGCAUAUAUUAGGCAACUCAAUCUUUCAUUGUGUUGGAAUGAAGUAGUAGGAAAUGAGCAGCGCGCGGGCACGAGCGCACAUCCGUCAUUGCGCUUUUAAACGCUACAUAUUUACACCAUUAUCUCUCAUUAUGAAGAACUGCUGUCGGUAACGGGAACCGGACCGAGUGGAUCGCCAGUCGCGUGCCUUACGUUUGUCCGUGAAGCCCGGGUGGUGAUGGGGAUGUGGUUUUACCGUGUUUUCACCGUGUUCUCUGUGGAUCCGCGCGCGGAGAGUUUGAUGGAGUUUGUGUGAAGGACAAACAGACGCGUUUUCUUCCUCUUCUUCUGCAGUGCUAUGAUGUUUGACUGUAUGGAUGUGUUAUCGGGGCACAUGCUGGAGUUUUACUCUUCCAGUCCCUCGUCAUGUAUGUUAGAGGAGAAAGCGCUGAGCGCGUGCUUCAGCUGGCAGCACCGGCGCAACAAACACUCCAUCGAGACUCAGAGCAGCAGUUCUGAAGAGUUGGUCCCGACCCCCCCAUCUCCUCUUCCUCCUCCACGAGUCUAUAAACCCUGUUUCGUCUGUCAGGACAAGUCCUCGGGGUAUCACUAUGGUGUCAGCGCUUGUGAAGGCUGUAAGGGGUUUUUCCGCAGAAGCAUCCAGAAGAACAUGGUGUACACAUGUCACAGAGAGAAGAACUGCAUUAUCAACAAGGUGACGAGAAACCGCUGUCAAUACUGUCGCCUGCAGAGGUGCUUUACUGUGGGAAUGUCCAAAGAGUCGGUCCGGAAUGACCGAAAUAAGAAAAAGAAGGAGAUUCCUAAGCAGGACUUGUGUGAGAGUUAUGAACUGACGGCAGAGCUGGAGAUGAUCAUUGAGAAGAUACGGAAAGCUCAUCAGGAGACGUUUCCUUCUCUCUGUCAACUGGGAAAAUACACCACCAAUUCCAGUGCGGAUCAUCGUGUGCGGUUGGAUUUGGGUCUCUGGGAUAAAUUCAGUGAAUUAGCCACUAAGUGCAUUAUUAAAAUCGUGGAGUUUGCCAAACGUGUUCCUGGUUUUACUGGACUCACUAUCACUGAUCAGAUCACACUUCUCAAAGCCGCCUGCCUCGACAUACUGAUCUUGCGUAUCUGCACGCGUUAUACACCGGAUCAGGACACAAUGACGUUCUCUGAUGGCCUGACGCUAAACCGCACACAGAUGCACAACGCCGGCUUCGGGCCGCUCACAGAUCUGGUGUUCACUUUCGCCAACCAACUGCUGCCCAUCGAGAUGGACGACACGGAGACGGGACUGCUGUCUGCCAUCUGCCUCAUCUCGGGAGACCGUCAGGAUUUGGAGGAGCCGUCUAAAGUGGAUGAGCUCCAGGAACCUCUACUGGAGGCGCUGAAGAUCUACGUGAGGAAACGCAGACCCAGUAAACCGCACAUGUUCCCCAAAACUCUGAUGAAGAUCACAGAUCUGCGCAGUAUCAGUGCUAAAGGUGCGGAGCGAGUGAUCUCUUUAAAGAUGGAGAUUCCAGGAUCAAUGCCUCCUCUUAUCCAGGAGAUGCUAGAGAACUCUGAGGGUCAGGAUGGACAGAACUCCACAGAGAGGAGCAGCACGGGGAAGAACAGCAGCCCCAAGCCCUCCGCCCCCUCCCCGGAGCCCACCGACAGCUCUGGAGCUGUGUCCUCCAGUGAGGAACCCUAGAACCACGGGCAUGUGGAACCUCAGACUGUCAGACACUCCUUUGCACAGUACAGGUGAACUGAAGGUGGACCUCUGAGCCCUCCACUAUGUUUGUAACUUUACCCUGCUUUAAGAACAGAUAAUGGCCUAGAGGUGUAAAACAUCACAAACACGACUGAAGAAUCAAAUUCUACUGCUAUCAAUGGUUGUGACAGAUGUGAAGCUCCUCAGGUCUCCUGUAUGGAUUUCUUCAUGUGCAUGAUAAGCUCUUACUUUGAAUAAGUGAUUCGCGCUCUUUCUCUCAGUCAAGCUGUUGCAUAUAUUGUACAUAUCAUCAUAUGGUCAUAUCUCUGUUUCUAUGACAUAUUUAGUGGUGCUUUUUUACAUUGUCUUUAUAAUCGGUCGAUGCGAUACGUCCCGUUUUAAAAGGAGCUCGACUCCAUGAUACACUUAUAUAAUUGCACCUGUUUAGAAUGUUCUUGCAUAUAGACGUUAUGGAAGUCUAAUAUUUGACAUUUGUUUGUAUAUUUAAAGCUGUUUCGUUUUCUACAUAUACAGUCAGACUGCUGGGAUUGCACUCGUAAGUCUAUAAUGAGUGGUUUUAGGCCGUCAUAUGGAGGAAGUCUUGAGGUGAAGACUCCGACCGGUCAUGUAGUAGAUUAACUCUUUCGGCUGCUUUGUUUCACUGCAACAAAUGCAAACACUACAUGAGUGUUACUGGAGGAAUGAAGUAAUACAGUUAUGUGUAAACCCAAACCCUUAUGACUUUCUUUCUUCAGAGGAACGCAAGAGAUGUUUUUAAAAACAUACAGUGGAGACUGGAGCUGUCCACCUCACAUAAGAACAAAAAGCAUGGUGUGUGAUGACACAUACGAAGUCUGUUCCUCACACAAAGCUCUCACCAGACCUUUUCAGUUCAGUUCCCUUUCAUUGUGUUUAAAAAAGUGUAAAACAGCAUCUCUUGUGUUCCUCACAGGACUGUCAUGAUAUACUGGAUUGACACUGAUUGGCCAAAAACACACCUGAUGCCUUUAUCUAUUCACUGAUGAUCUGGGUGGAUUGUUUUGGCCAUGAUAACGGUGUAGUUAUAAUCUGAUAUUGUGACAGGCCUAAUUCUACAUGAUAAAGAGAAUGUGUGAGGGAUUCUCUUCAAAAGAGAAGUGUAAGCAGUGAUUUCAGUGCUCUAGACACUAUUGGUCUUGUUCAGUGAUUUUGUUGGAACGUCUCAUUCGUCUGGUUGACUCUAAACGCACAUGGAUUCGGUGACCAGAAUCACGGAUAAUCUUUAUUUGCAGUAAAUCUACGGGACAUUGCAAUCCUCUGCAGCGAGGCUGAUAAACUCAUACAGCGAGCAGAUUGUGUUUUUUAUUUCAAGUGAAUUAUCUUGACAGGGUGACGUGACAGCCUUCAGCUCAGUGAAUUCUUCAUCACGAGAGCUUUAUAUCAACUGAUCACGAGUUUGUCAAAUACCUCUAAUUGAAAUACAAGUGUAUCUGAGUAUCUGUGUUUGGCUGAUUUGUGAUCAGAUUCAGCAUAACACGAAGGCUUUGAAUGUUUUUCUGCAUCAAAAAAUCGUUUGUUCAUACUCUCUCAUUGCACUUGAACUGAACUCUUGAGAGUAAUGUCAUAUUACGUGACAUGAUUUACUGUCCAUAUUUUACUUCUCUUUUGCCUUCUAAAGGUGAUAAUGUUUCUGUCUGUGAGCUCUAAUCAAAUAAUUUCUUCACAUGAAGUCAUACAGGACCAUCAUUCACAGUUCACCCAAAAUAAAAAAUCCGCAAGUGUCAUUUUUACUUACACCUGUAUGACUGACGUUCUGUGUUUGCAUAAGAUGAAAGGGACUUGGAAUGGAAAACUGCAGCAUAAACAUUCCACUUUUGUACUCGAUAAAUGGGUUUUCAAUUGAAAUGUUCUUGAAACACACAUUGACUUUGACAUUAACAGACUUUAGAAGUGAGAAGAUCAGUUCCCCUUCAGUCUGUCUCUCGACGUUGUGUUGAGAGACAGACUGGGGUUUGAUCUUGAGAACCUAUCAUCUCCGAGAGGAAUUUAAAACGCCAAUGGGCUUUGGCGAAUGGCACACACACAC